CCCUUCCCUGCUCUUCCCCCAAUCGGGCCCAUUUAAGGCGCAUUAGAGCAGCGGGCCGGAGGCAGAGAGCCAGGGAGGAACCGCGAGACGACGACGACCUCGGAGCCCGCGCGCAGCUGAGAGCAGCCAUGAGAGAGAUCGUGCACCUGCAGGCCGGCCAGUGUGGCAACCAGAUCGGGGCCAAGUUCUGGGAAGUCAUUAGUGAUGAACACGGCAUAGACCCCACUGGUACCUACCAUGGAGACAGUGACCUUCAGUUGGAGAGGAUCAAUGUUUACUACAAUGAGGCCUCAGGGGGCAAGUAUGUGCCCAGAGCUGUCUUGGUUGAUCUGGAGCCUGGCACCAUGGAUUCGGUCAGGUCUGGACCGUUUGGGCAGAUAUUCAGGCCCGAUAAUUUCGUCUUCGGACAGAGUGGUGCUGGAAACAACUGGGCCAAAGGACACUACACAGAAGGAGCUGAGCUGGUGGACUCAGUCCUUGAUGUGGUAAGGAAGGAAGCAGAGAGUUGUGACUGUCUCCAGGGCUUUCAGCUCACCCACUCGCUAGGUGGGGGCACCGGAUCCGGGAUGGGAACCCUGCUGAUCAGCAAGAUCCGCGAGGAAUACCCGGACCGUAUCAUGAACACCUUCAGCGUGGUGCCCUCGCCCAAGGUUUCGGACACCGUGGUGGAACCUUACAAUGCCACUCUCUCAGUGCACCAGUUGGUGGAGAACACAGACGAGACCUACUGCAUUGACAAUGAGGCCCUCUAUGACAUCUGCUUCCGGACCCUCAAGCUCACAACUCCUACCUACGGGGAUCUCAACCACUUAGUCUCCGCUACCAUGAGCGGUGUGACGACCUGCCUUCGCUUCCCUGGCCAGCUCAACGCUGACCUUCGCAAACUGGCUGUGAACAUGGUCCCCUUCCCUCGCCUCCACUUCUUCAUGCCUGGCUUUGCCCCUCUGACCAGCCGUGGCAGCCAGCAAUACCGGGCCUUGACAGUGCCAGAGCUGACACAGCAGAUGUUUGAUGCCAAGAACAUGAUGGCGGCCUGCGACCCCCGGCAUGGGCGUUACUUGACCGUGGCGGCCGUUUUCCGAGGCAGGAUGUCCAUGAAGGAGGUGGAUGAGCAGAUGCUGAACGUACAGAACAAGAACAGCAGCUACUUUGUGGAAUGGAUCCCCAACAACGUGAAGACAGCCGUGUGCGACAUCCCGCCUCGUGGCCUCAAAAUGGCCGCCACAUUCAUCGGCAACAGCACGGCCAUCCAAGAACUCUUCAAACGCAUCUCGGAGCAGUUCACGGCCAUGUUCCGGCGCAAAGCUUUCCUCCACUGGUACACGGGCGAGGGCAUGGACGAGAUGGAGUUCACAGAGGCAGAGAGCAACAUGAACGACCUGGUUUCCGAGUACCAGCAGUACCAGGAUGCUACAGCCGAAGAAGGGGAAUUUGAAGAGGAGGCUGAGGAAGAAGUGGCGUGAAAGCCGACUUUCUUUCCCUCCCCUUGACUCCUUCUGAUUCCCACCAGUCUUCUGAACCCAUGGACCAUAUUGCCUGCGCUGGCAUAGACUUGAACAUUGUUGGCCACCCUAAAGGAGGGAAACAGCACUGGGUUGAGUCUUUAUUCACCUGCCCAUCUGAAACAGCAUACAUUUAACAAGGCAUGCGGGUUUAAUGGGGGGGCAGACAUGGGGAGAGUAGCGGGAUUCGUAGCUGUGUUCAGGAAUGGCAGCGAGUGGUAAUAUGUCUAGCUAAAAGCGUUACCAACAUACUUUUGCAUCCUCCCCUCCCGCCUUAUCCUUGCCCCCCCUUCUCUCCUGCCCCCCCAUCCCCACUCGGAUGCACCUUCCCUCCAGUGCUGUCUGUCCUGAGUGUUUUGUGGUCAUGUGAGUUUUUGUUUUGGGGGAUGAGUAUGCACUAACUCGUAACUUGGCAUUUGUUUUGGGGGUUUUGUCAUCCCUGCUGGGCUUAAAGAAAUGGUUUAAUGGAAAAGUGGGGGGGCAGGGUUGGUUUGAGGGGGAAUGGGGCUCGGUCAUUAGGGUGAAAUGUAGUUCCCCUUUUGAGUGUGUUUGCUAUGUCAAAGCAGUCCUAUGUCUCCACAAUAAACUACUGAAUAAG